AUGGUGGCACUGUGCAGGGGGCUGCUGAGAGUGCUGCUCCUGCUGCUCCCGCUUCUCCCGCUGCUCCCGCUUCUCCCGGUGUACAUCAUCCUGGCCAACGUGCCCUGCGCGCGAAGCGUAGAUGUGUGUAAAGGCGCAGAGGAAACGCUGAGCAAAUUCUGGGACACCAUAGAAAACGCAAAGCACGGAGAUGUCAUGCUAAUAAACAUAAAAAACUACUACUGCCCAGCAUGCAAUCGAUACAUUGAUGUGUGGAACAAAUUGGAGGAAGAAAUAUCAAAUUAUGAAAGUAACGUCUCUCUCUUUGUGUUUGACUGCUCCUGCCCCCUGUUCGUGCCCUAUUGCAGAUUUUUCAAGGUGCGUUAUUUCCCCACCUUCCGGCUCCUCCACCCGGUUUACGAUUACAUGGAGGGUAAAAACACAGACUAUAAGUACAUAGCCCCAGAAACAGAGAUGGCAAACAGAAAGUACAAUAAGGAGUUGCUGCUAGCCUAUAGGGAAGUGGACAGAGUGAAUAACCUUCCACAAUUCCAAAGAAUGAUGCAGACGCAUUUGUGUAAAAAUGUAAAUUUUAAUCACAUAGAUUUGAAGUCCUGUUACGCAGAUGUACCUCCAGUAGAAGAGUCCCCUGAAUAUGCCAUGUUUAUAGCUACCACCAAUGGAGCCAUAGGAGGAACGACCGGGAAAGGAGGGGCUAAUGCAAAUCGAAUGGCUGUGGAAAGGUGGAAGGGGAAGACCUUUACGAAGGAUGACCUUAAGCACGACAUUGUGAGGGGCAUGCUGUUCACUUUGAGGAGAAAUGUUUCGUUGGGGUUAGAUGUAGAGAAAUCUACGGUGGAGCCUUUUCUAGUUAUGGCAAAGAUCGUUUCGGAUAUGUACCCUGAGCUGGCCAAGUGGCUGGGCGACCUUCGGGAGAGACUCGCCGCGCAGAGGUACCCACUCAGGUAUGAGCAGUGGUCCAAGGUGGUGGAUGAGCUUGCCGGGAUGGGGGGCAGCGCCCCAGUUGGAACUGCCUCAAGUAUGGGGGGAAUCACCCCAGUUGGAAGCGCCUCCGGGAUGGAGGUCAUCCCUCCCGACGUGGGUAGCACCCCCUGGAGCGAGCCCAAAUUCAAAGUGUGCGAAGAGAACUCCGUCCUCUGCUCCUACUGGCUGCUCUUCCACAAAAUAUCGGUGCACUGCCUCAUGCGGGAUAAAGAAAGAUACCAUUUCUACAUGAGCGCUUUAACAAACUACACAAGAAAUUAUUUAAAUUGCGAAAGUUGCAUACAGCACUUUGUCACCGCGCAAGAGUCAUGUUACUACGGAUUUUGCAACAUCCACUCAGCCGAAUCAUUUGUCAUCUUCCUGUGGAGAAUACACAACGCGGUUACCUUGCGAUCUAUGUACGAAUCGAUAGUUCAGGAGACCCAAGUGCGGGGAGGGCAACCGGAACUUACAGAUGGUAAGAGAGAAAGCAAGAUUCAAUUCCUUAACCGAGAUUUGGCCUUCCCUCCGGAGAAGCAGUGCAAGUUCUGCAGAAGUGGCAUUGGUUUUACGAGAAUUACUCCUCCGUUUAUUACCCAUGCGAUGAAACAGAAGUCGGUUAGCGACCUAGAUUUUGAUGCCAUCGAUGGGUUCAGCGUCAAGCAGGUGCUGAACCACCUCGUGGAGGUGUACUCCUAGGGGGGCCAAAAG